GACAUUAAAACGCUAAAGAAGUGGAUGGCUGAAGUGGAUGUUUUUCUGAAAGAAGAGUGGCCUGCCCUUGGUGAUUCAGAAGCACUGGAAAAACAGCUUGAACAGUGUACAGCUUUAGUAAAUGAUAUCCAGACAAUCCAGCCCAGUUUGAACAGUGUUAAUGAGGCUGGGAAGAAAAUGAAGAGUGAAGCAGAGCCAGAAUUUGCUUCCAGAAUAGAGACAGAACUAAAGGAACUCAAUGCUCAAUGGGAACACAUUUGCCAACAGGCCUAUGCUAAGAAGGCAGCAUUAAAAGGUGGUUUGGAUAAGACUGUAAGUCUCAGAAAGGAUUUGUCAGAGAUGCAUGAAUGGAUAACACAAGCUGAGGAAGAAUAUCUGGAAAGAGAUUUUGAAUAUAAAACACCUGAAGAAUUGCAGAAAGCUGUUGAGGAACUGAAGAGAGCAAAGGAGGAGGCUGUGCAGAAAGAGGUGAAAGUGAAGCUUAUUACUGAUUCUGUGAAUAAUUUUAUAGCAAAGGCUCCACCUGCGGCUCAUGAAGCUUUGAAAAAGGAGCUUGAUGUUCUAAUUACCAACUACCAGCGACUCUGCAGCAGACUGAAUGGAAAGUGCAAAACUUUGGAGGAGGUAUGGGCGUGUUGGCGUGAAUUAUUGUCUUAUUUGGAUGUGGAAAAUAAAUGGUUGAAUGAGAUGGAGUUGAAACUCAAGGCAACUGAAAAUAUCCAGGGAGGUGCAGAAGAGAUUUCUGAAUCAUUGGAUUCUUUGGAAAGUUUAAUGAGGCAUCCAGAAGAUAAUCGCAAUCAGAUUCGGGAAUUGGCCCAGACUUUAACUGAUGGUGGAAUAUUGGAUGAAUUGAUAAAUGAGAAGCUGGAGAGAUUCAAUACUCGAUGGGAAGAACUGCAGCAGGAGGCCGUGAGAAGACAGAAGAGUCUUGAACAGAGUAUUCAGUCUGCCCAGGAGAUUGACAAAACCCUCCGAUUAAUCCAAGAGUCUCUUGCUAUUAUUGACAAGCAGUUAACAGCCUACAUUGCAGACAGAGUUGAUGCAGCCCAGGUCCCUCAGGAAGCACAGAAAAUACAAUCUGAAUUAACAAGCCAUGAGAUUAGUUUGGAAGAAAUGAAGAAACGAAACCGGGGUAAGGAUGCCGCAAAAAGAGUUUUUUCCCAAAUUGAUGUGGCACAGAAAAAGCUGCAGGAUGUGUCCAUGAAGUUUCGCUUGUUCCAGAAGCCAGCCAAUUUCGAACAGCGUCUGCAAGAAUGUAGAAGAAUUUUAGAUGAAGUGAAAUUGCAGGUGCCCAAGUUGGAGAUGAAGAGUGUUGAGCAGGAAGUGGUGCAAUCACAGUUGGAUCAUUGCAUGAAAUUAUAUAAAAGCCUGAGUGAGGUGAAGUCUGAAGUGGAAACAGUGAUAAAAACUGGAAGGCAGAUUGUUCAAAAGCAGCAGACAGAGAAUCCGAAAGAACUGGAUGAAAGACUUACAGCUUUGAAGUUGCAGUAUAAUGAAUUGGGUGCAAAGGUGACAGAAAAAAAGCAAGAGUUGGAGAAAUGCUUGAAAUUGUCCCGAAAGCUACGGAAAGAAAUUAAUGCUCUGACAGAAUGGCUUGCAGCAACAGAUGCAGAAUUGACAAAGAGAUCAGCAGUGCACGGGAUGCCUAGCAAUUUGGAUGCUGAAAUUGCCUGGGGAAAGACAACACGGAAGGAGAUUGAGAAACGCCAGAUUCAUCUUAAGAGCAUCAGUGAUUUAGGAGAGAAUUUGAAGACAGUGCUGAAAGGAAAAGAAAGUCUAGUGGAGGAUAAACUCAGCCUCCUGAACAGUAAUUGGAUAGCAGUAACCUCACGAGCUGAGGAAUGGUUCAAUUUAUUACUGGAAUAUCAAAAGCACAUGGAAGCUUUUGAUCAGAAAGUAGCUAAUGUCACAACUUGGAUCUAUCGUGCUGAAAUACUGUUGGAUGAAUCUGAUAAACAAAAACCCCAGCAAAAAGAGGAAAUUCUUAAGCGCUUAAAGGCUGAGCUGAGUGAUAUGCAUCCAAAGGUGGACUCUGUGCGUGACCAGGCAGUAGACUUGAUGACAAACCAUGGAGAUCACUGCAGGAAAGUAAUAGAGCCUAAACUAUCAGAGCUCAACCAGCGAUUUGCAGCUAUAUCACAAAGAAUUAAGAGUGGAAAGCCCUUCAUUCCUUUGAAGGAAUUGGAGCAAUUUGACUUCGAUAUACAAAAAUUGCUUGAACCAUUGGAGGCUGAAAUUCAGCAGGGAGUGAAUCUGAAAGAGGAAGACUUCAAUAAAGAUAUGAGUGAAGACGAUGAGAGCACAGUAAAAGAGUUGCUGCAAAGGGGAGACACUCUUCAAAAGAGAAUCGCAGAUGAGAGAAAACGGGAGGAAAUAAAGAUAAAACAGCAGCUGUUGCAGACUAAACAUAAUGCUCUCAAGGACUUGAGGUCUCAACGAAGAAAAAAGGCUUUAGAGAUUUCUCAUCAGUGGUAUCAGUACAAGAGACAGGCUGAUGAUCUCAUGACAUGGCUGGAUGACAUUGAGAAAAAGUUAGCCAGUCUACCAGACCCCAAAGAUGAGCAGAAGCUAAAGGAGAUUGAUGGAGAAUUGGAGAAGAAGAAGGAAGAUGUGAAUGCGGUGCACAGGCAAGCUGAACGCUUGUCUAAGGAUGGGGCUGCAAAAGCAGUGGAGCCAACCCUGAUACAACUCAGCAGGCGCUGGCGAGAUUUUGAGAGCAAAUUUGCUCAGUUUCGAAGACUCAACUAUGCACAAAUUCAAACAGUUCGUGAAGAUACAACUUUUGUGGUGACUGAAGGUAUGACUGUGGAAACUACUUAUGUGCCUUCUGCAUACCUGGCAGAGAUCCUCCAGCUUCUGCAAGCCUUGUCUGAAGUAGAAGAGCGCCUUAAUUCUCCUGUUCUUCAGGUUAAGGAUUGCGAGGAUCUCUUCAAACAAGAAGAGUGUCUCAAGAGCAUUAAAGAUAGCCUGGGGAGAUUGUCGGGUCAUAUAGAGGUUAUUCACAGCAAGAAGUUACCAGCUUUGCAAAGUGCUACACCGGGAGAGGCGGCAAAGAUACAGGAAAAGCUGACUCAGCUUAAUUUGCAAUGGGAGAAAGUUAACAAGAUGUACAAAGACCGACAGGCGCGGUUUGACAAGUCUUUGGAAAAGUGGCGGCUUUUUCAUUCUGACAUGAAGAGCUUCAAUGACUGGCUAACUGAAACAGAACAGAAGCUGUCAAGAGCACAGAUAGAGGCUGGAGACGUGGGCCAUGCCAAAACCAACCAAUUUCUCCAGGAACUUCAGGAUGGCAUUGGGCGACAGCAAGCUGUUGUCAAAACACUGAAUGUAACUGGUGAAGAGAUUAUUGAGCAGUCAUCAACAGCAGAUGCUAGUGUGCUGAAGGAACAACUGGAAAGCUUGAAUACCCGGUGGCAGGAGAUUUGCAGACAGCUGGUAGAGAAAAGAAAGAGGUUAGAGGAAGAAAAGAAUAUUUUAUCAGAAUUUGAAGACAACCUGAACAAGUUCGUUUCAUGGUUAGAGGAAGCAGACAGCACUAUUGGCGUUCCCCUUGAACCAGGGAAUGACGACCAGUUAAGAGACUGCCUUGGCAAAGUGAAGUUAAGAGUUGAAGAGCUACCACCACACAAGGGAAUACUGAAACGAUUAAAUGAAACUGGAGGAAUAGCACUUGGAAGUGUGUCAUUGAAUCCAGAGAGAAAACAUAAGCUUGAGAGUAAGCUGAAGGAGGCUAACCAUCGCUGGCUAAAGGUGUCCAAAGAUCUUCCAGAGAAACAAAAAGAAAUAGAGAUUCUGCUAAAGGAUUUCAUCCAACUUGAGCAUCAGUUAAAUCAGCUGAUACUGUGGGUAACACCUGUCAAGAACCAGCUGGAACUUUAUAAUCAAGUGGGUCAACCAGGAGCUUUUGAUAUUAAGGAAACUGAAGCAGCAGUUCAGGCUAAGCAGCCGAAUGUGGAAGAGGUUUUGUCUAAAGGGUGUCAUUUAUAUAAGGAAAAACCAGCCACUCAUCCAGUAAAGAGAAAAUUAGAAGACUUGAAUGCUGACUGGAAGACAAUAAACCACUUAAUUCAACAACUAAAGGAAAAGCCAGCAUUAGGAGCGCCUGGCCUUUUCUCCUCAGGUGUCUUAACUUCUGGUCAAACUGUUGCUGUGGAUACACAAACCAGUGUAACCAAGGAAACUACCACCUUCAAACCAGAAAUGCCAUCUUCUGUGCUUUUGGAGGUUCCAGCCUUGGCUGACUUCAAUAAGGCAUGGGCAGAGCUCACAGACUGGCUUUCUCGACUGGAUCGAGAGAUAAAAUCUCAGAGAGUGACGGUGGGCAAUCUUGAUGAUAUCAACGACAUGAUCAUCAAACAAAAGGCAAUACUACAGGAUCUGGAGCAAAGACGUCCCCAGCUGGAUGAACUCAUAACUGCAGCACAAAAUUUAAAAAACAAGACCAGCAAUCAAGAGGCCAGAACAAUAAUUACUGACCGCAUUGAAAAAAUACAGAGCCAGUGGGAUGAAGUGCAUGGAUACCUCCAAAGCCGAAGACAGCAGCUCCAUGAGAUGUUAAAGGAUUCAACGCAGUGGCUGGAUGCUAAACAAGAAGCUGAGCGGGUUCUUGAACAAGCAAAAGCUAAGCUUGAAUCGUGGAAAGAAAUUUCCUACACCGUGGAAGCUCUGAAAAAGCAGAACACUGAGCUUAAGCAAUUCUCAAAAGAAUUACGACAAUGGCAAAUAAGUGUGGAUGUGGCGAAUGACAUGGCGCUUAAGCUGCUCCGCGAUUAUUCAGCAGAUGACACCACAAAAGUAGAACUGAUGACAGAUAACAUUAAUGCAACAUGGGCUACCAUUAAUAAGAGGGUUAGUGAGCGUGAAGCUGCACUGGAAGGAGCUCUACGAAUGUUGCAACAAUUCUACCUGGAUCUGGAAAAGUUCCUUGCUUGGCUUACAGAAGCUGAAACAACUGCUAAUGUCCUGCAGGAUGCUACACACAAAGAAAAGAUACUAGAGGAUGCCAAAGUGGUUCGAGAACUCAUGAAACAGUGGCAGGAUCUUCAGGCAGAAAUUGAUGCUCAUACUGACAUCUUCCACAGCCUGGAUGAAAAUGGGCAGAAAAUCCUAAGGUCCUUGGAAGGCUCUGAUGAUGCAGCCCUGUUGCAGAGACGCCUGGAUAACAUGAACUUCAGAUGGAGUGAGCUUAGGAAAAAAUCUCUAAACAUUAGGUCCCAUUUGGAAGCCAGUACAGACCAGUGGAAGCGUUUACAUCUCUCUCUCCAGGAACUUUUGGCAUGGCUGCAACUAAAGGAGGAUGAAUUAAAACAGCAAGCACCCAUUGGUGGAGAUCUUCCCACUGUGCAGAAACAGAAUGAUAUUCACAGGACUUUCAAGAGGGAGCUGAAAACGAAAGAGCCUGUUAUCAUGAGCGCGCUUGAGACAGUGCGAAUGCUUCCAGCAGAGCAGCCUGUGGAGGGACUGGAGAAGCUCUAUCAAGAACCGAGAGAGCUAUCACCUGAGGAGAGGGCCCAGAAUGUUGCUAAACUUCUCCGGAGGCAAGCAGAUGAUCUCAAAACGGAAUGGGAUAAGCUGAAUCUAAAUUCUGCUGAUUGGCAAAAGAAGAUAGAUGAUGCCCUUGGAAGACUGCAGGGGCUUCAAGAGGCGAUGGAUGAACUGGACCUGAAACUACGCCAGGCUGAAGUGUUCAAGGCAUCCUGGCAGCCAGUGGGCGAUCUGCUAAUUGACUCUCUGCAGGAUCACUUAGAAAAAGUCAAGGUUUAUCGAGCAGAAAUUGUGCCCCUUAAAGAGAAAGUGCAUCACGUCAAUGAUCUCGCUCACCGGUUCACCCCCUCUGAUAUUCAGCUCUCCCAGUAUAAUCUCAGCUGUGUGGAAGACCUGAACACGAGGUGGAAGGUGCUACAGGUGGCCAUUGAUGAGCGCAUCAGGCAACUGCAUGAAGCUCACAGGGAUUUUGGCCCUACUUCCCAGCACUUCCUUACCACUUCUGUCCAAGGCCCCUGGGAGAGGGCGAUCUCACCAAACAAAGUGCCGUACUAUAUCAACCAUGAGACGCAAACCACCUGCUGGGAUCAUCCCAAAAUGACUGAGCUUUACCAGUCUUUAGCUGACCUGAACAAUGUCAGAUUUUCGGCUUAUAGAACUGCCAUGAAACUCCGAAGGCUGCAGAAAGCCCUCUGCUUGGAUCUCCUGAGUCUGUCUGCUGCAUGUGAUGCCUUGGACCAGCACAACCUCAAACAAAAUGACCAGCCGAUGGAUAUUCUACAGAUCAUUAACUGCUUGACCACUAUUUAUGAUCGACUAGAACAAGAGCACAAUAACCUGGUCAAUGUUCCUCUCUGUGUGGACAUGUGCCUCAACUGGCUGCUGAAUGUCUAUGACACGGGCCGAACAGGAAGGAUCCGUGUCUUGUCUUUCAAAACUGGUGUUGUAUCCCUGUGUAAAGCACAUCUGGAAGAUAAGUACAGAUACCUGUUCAAGCAAGUGGCAAGCUCCACGGGCUUCUGUGAUCAGCGCCGGCUGGGGCUCCUCCUGCACGACUCCAUUCAGAUCCCCCGGCAGCUGGGGGAGGUAGCCUCCUUUGGUGGCAGUAAUAUUGAACCGAGUGUCCGAAGCUGCUUCCAGUUUGCCAAUAAUAAGCCUGAGAUUGAAGCAGCGCUGUUCCUGGACUGGAUGAGGCUGGAACCACAGUCCAUGGUGUGGCUGCCGGUGUUGCACAGGGUGGCUGCUGCUGAAACUGCCAAACACCAAGCUAAAUGCAACAUCUGUAAGGAGUGUCCAAUUAUUGGAUUCAGGUACAGAAGUUUAAAGCACUUUAACUAUGACAUCUGCCAAAGUUGCUUCUUCUCUGGUCGUGUUGCAAAAGGUCAUAAAAUGCACUAUCCAAUGGUGGAAUAUUGCACACCAACGACUUCAGGAGAAGAUGUCCGUGACUUUGCCAAGGUACUAAAAAACAAAUUUCGAACAAAAAGAUAUUUUGCAAAGCACCCACGAAUGGGCUACCUGCCUGUGCAAACUGUCUUGGAGGGAGACAACAUGGAAACGCCUGCCUCGUCCCCUCAGCUUUCACACGAUGAUACUCAUUCACGCAUUGAACAUUAUGCUAGCAGGCUAGCAGAAAUGGAGAACAGCAAUGGUUCUUAUCUAAAUGACAGUAUUUCACCUAAUGAAAGCAUCGAUGAUGAACACUUGCUAAUCCAGCACUACUGCCAAAGUCUGAACCAGGAGUCCCCCCUGAGCCAGCCCCGAAGCCCUGCCCAGAUUUUGAUUUCUCUGGAGAGUGAAGAAAGAGGUGAACUAGAGAGGAUUCUUGCAGAUCUGGAAGAGGAAAACAGAAACUUGCAAGCAGAAUAUGACCGACUGAAGCAACAGCAUGAUCACAAAGGUUUGUCUCCACUGCCGUCCCCCCCUGAGAUGAUGCCAGUCUCUCCACAAAGUCCCCGGGAUGCUGAACUCAUUGCAGAAGCCAAGCUGCUUCGCCAGCACAAGGGCCGCCUGGAGGCUAGGAUGCAGAUUCUGGAGGAUCACAACAAGCAGCUGGAGUCACAGCUGCACAGGCUAAGGCAGCUGCUGGAACAGCCACAGGCAGAUGCCAAGGUAAAUGGUACAACACUGUCCUCUCCUUCUACCUCUUUGCAGAGGUCAGAUAGCAGUCAGCCAAUGCUUCUUCGUGUAGUUGGCAGCCAGACGUCGGAAACCAUGGGUGAGGAUGAUCUGCUCAGCCCUCCCCAGGACACAAGCACAGGUUUGGAGGAAGUGAUGGAGCAGCUUAACAACUCCUUCCCAAGUACCAGAGGAAGAAACGCCCCUGGAAAGCCAGUAAGAGAGGCAACAAUGUAGGGAGCCUUUUCCACAUGGCAGAUGACUUGGGAAGAGCAAUGGAAACCUUAGUUACAGUGAUGACUGAUGACAAGGUGUUAGAAUAGCAAGAUGUGUUUUACAACUUCAGGCGUCCCGCAUGGUUUUUAUAAUAUUCAUACUACAAAGAGGAUUAGACUGUAAGAGUUUACAAGAAAACAAAUCUAUAUUUUUGUGAAGGGUAGUGGUACUAUACUGUAGAUUUCAGUAGUUUCCUAAGUCUGUUACUGUUUUGUUAACAAUGGCAGGUUUUACACGUCUAUGCAAUUGUACAAAAAUUAUAAGAAACCUACAUGUAAAAUCUUGAUAGCUAAAUAACUUGCCAUUUCUUUAUAUGGAACGCAUUUCGGGUUGUUUAAAAAAUUUAUAACAGUUAUAAAGAAAGAUUGUAAACUAAAGUGUGCUUUAUAAAAAUAAUUGUUUAUAGAAACCCCCUUAAAAACAAAAAAAAAUACUGAGGCAGUGCAUUUGUUUAGCAUCAUUUCAGCUCUAUAACUGCAUCAGAGAGAGAUUCAUGUUCUGUGUUCUUUUCCUUGCCUAUCAAAAAGAAAAAAUAGUAUUUCCUGCAGCAGCACCAAAACGGCCAGCUUACUUAUAUUUCUCGUUGCUUUUGUCUGACUAGGGCUGGCUUAAAAAAAAUCUCCUGGACUUCCAAUGAAGGUAGUUAUUUCACCUCUUUCCAAUAAAAUUGAGAAUUACAUCAAUCACAGAGCUAGUUUGCAAUAAUUAAGUGAAAGAGCACAUUACAUGACAGCCUGCAAAAAACUAAUUAAAAAAAAAGAGGGAAGAAAGGGAAAGGGAAGCAUUUAAUGACUAUCCUAUGCGCCAGCUGUUUCCUCUGCUGACUAAAUUCCUGAAAGUUAUUAGUAUUGAAACGUAGAAAUUGCCUUACCAGAUUAAACCUUUGGACCUUACUGUCCGGUCCCUUGCCUCUGGCAGCGGCCAGCAGCCAGUGCUUCAGCAGAAGUUUGCCCCAGCUCUCCCCACCCACUGCCACCCUCAGCGACACCUUUGCUGUACCUGAGAGAAGAACGGGAGCGGUUCCUUACUUACUCCCCACGUGGGAUCAACUUCUGACGUGAAGCACAAGGAGAUUACUCACAGGGCAUCUUAGCUUGUGUAGCUACCUGUGUUGUUCAUGAACAUAAAGCUACUUGAUUCUCUGGAUAAUACAAACAGAUUUCCACGCGACAUGUCUCAGCCUGCUACAGCAGCUGGUCCCAAGGAGCUGCAACAUGGCAAGCGACCUUCGGGAAAGGCUGUGGAAGAAUUACUGCUGUUCUUAUAUGUAUGUGUAUGGUGUGUAUGGUGAUCAGGUGAAGGUAGCCACACUGCUCCAUGAGGUAUUUAUCAUCAAAACAAUAUACUGAUACUUUGUCCCUCCCCAUUUCUCUCUACAAGUGAUACCGCACAAUUAACAGUAAAGUGAGAAAGAGAGAAACUGAUGGAAAAACGGACUAGCCAGUUUAACUGCAGCUCAUGAGAGGUAGGCUUAGGCAUGUAUGAGGUGCUGUCAGCAAAAGCUUUACCACUUCAUUUUCUUUACCAGCUUUUAAUUUUAUCUUAGAAUACAUAGAAACACACCAUCUGACUUUAUAUUGCAAGAGUAAAAAUCUGUUACCUCUUCUUGUAUGAAGUGUAAUUAAACUUGGGAAAGAUUUUAUUUUGAAUGCUAGUUAACAUUGAACGUGGCUAGUCAUGCUAUUUCUACCUCACUUUGGUUUUGUGGUGUUCCUGACAAUUACAUACAGAUAAUGUUACAUCAUCACCACUUGUCCAUUGUGUGAACAGGUCUCAUCAUUUAAAAAUAAUAAUAAUGAUAAUAUACAGAAAAUAAGUACAAUCCCCCCAAAUGUCUGCUUUCACAAUGAAGAGCUUUUUCAACACUUUAUUACCGUAGGAACCCUGUCUAUUUCUCAUGGUCUUGGUUUAAAUUGAGAUUUGAGAAAGGGAUGGGUUUCUCCUUUUUUUUUCCUUUUAUGUUAAACCUUCUCUUCAGAAAAUUGGAGGAAAAUGGAGUGCACGAUUGUUUUCAUCAGGGUUUUGUUUUGUUUGUUUUACUUUCUAGAUCUUAGUUUUGGAGUGAGUCUGUCAAAAAUAUUUAAAAAGUUGAAAGCUUUAUCGCUGCUUUUUUAAGCAUAAUUUGGGAAUUAUUUCAUAUUCCUUAUAACGACAAAGUAUUAAACUGUAAAACAUAAUCAGUGUAACUGAAUACAUAAAUACCGUAUGGCAUGUUAUUUCAUUGUUAGUACUGGUUUAUUACUUGGAUAUCAUAAUAUAUUGUGUUUUAACACCAACACUGUAACAUUUACUAAUUAUUUUUAUAAACUUCUGUUCUACUGCAUUUUUCACAACAUAUCAAAUUUCACCAAAUAUAUGCCUUACUAUUGUAUUAUAUACUGCUUUACUGUGUAUAUCAAUAAAGCACGCAAUUAUGUUCUAAAAA